AUCCUCCAUCCUCCAGCCUGCCUGGAGAAAAAAAAAAAUGUUGGCAAAACACCCCCUCCUCAUCGUGUAAGGGGGAAAAAAAUGGCGGACAAGCGCUAAAUCCACACCAGAAACAAACACACGUUACAAAGCAAGGUAAACAUCCUCGGCCACACGGAGAAACGUCGCGUUUUAGGCUCCGCUUCACCGUUUAGCCCGGAAUACCACCGGCCAGCCCCGGUGCGCUGGUGCGCUCCUGCCCUGCUAAUGCUCAUAUCUACAACCAGACGGGGGGGAAAAAACAAACCAGGGACCGGGCCGCUUUAGUUUGGACUCCCCCCCCUUGGCGGAGGAAAAAAGGCGCACUUCCAUUGAAGAGGAAAUCAUCCGGGGAGGAGAAACGCUGCUAAACGGUUAUGAAGUUUUAAGAGUGGAGGCCACUUGUGUGUUGUGAGCUUGGUCAGUAUUGGAGCAUGAGGAAACCUGUGCCACAGAAAGCUAUAGAGUGGAAAGAUGCCAGAAGGAUCAAGCAAGCCCGGAGUGGACGGCCCUCCCGGGUGCUCUCACAGUACCAAGGGCUUUUCAGUUGGGAGAAAUACUUGAAAGAGACGGGCGCCGCUGCUGCACCCUCUUCUUGCUUCAGACAGAGCCUCACGCCUCCACUCAACGAGUUCAAGGCAGGGAUGAAGCUGGAAGCCCUGGACCCGCGAAACACCACGUCCACGUGCAUCGCCACGGUGGUGGGCCUGACGGGCUCGCGGCUGCGGCUUCGCUUGGACGGGUCGGACAACAAGAACGACUUCUGGCGCCUCGUGGACUCCUCAGAGAUCCAGCCGAUCGGCAACUGUGAGAAGAGCGGAGGCAUGUUGCAGCCGCCACUUGGUUUCCGUCUCAAUGCGUCGUCUUGGCCGAUGUUCCUUCUGAAAACAUUAAAUGGAGCUGAGAUGGCUCCCUCUCGGAUCUUUCACAAGCAGGAGCCUCCCGCCCCGGAGCAGAACUCCUUCCAGUUAGGCAUGAAGCUGGAGGCGAUAGACCGUAAAAAUCCCCACUUCAUCUGCCCGGCUACAGUGGGUGCACUGCGUGGUGUUGAGGUGCUGGUCACCUUUGAUGGUUGGCGGGGAGCCUUUGACUACUACUGCCGCUACGACUCGCGUGACAUCUUCCCUGUUGGCUGGUGCGCCCUCACCGGAGACAACCUUCAGCCGCCUGGAACCAAAGUAGUGCUGCCUAAGAGCCUUGGGGCGUUGACAGACGGGAGUGUGGAGAGCCCAGCCAUGCACCCCCCGCCCACGGUGGGCAGACCUCCAGGUCAGAGAGGACGGAAGCCAGGCCGCAGGAAAACCAAAGUGACAGGGCUCUGGAAUCAGAAGGGUGCAGCGUUGGGACCGCAGAGUAUCCAGCCCGGCAAAGGCCUGGAGCCCAUCAAGAUCCCCAAGAAAAGAGGGCCCAAGCCUGGCAGUAAGCAGUUGGGCUGGGCGAAGCGAGCUGGCUGGCUGGAAGAUGCCAUGGCGGGUCCAGGACGGCCAGUGACGGGCCCGGGGCGAACCAGGGGCAGACUGCCUGCAAACUGGGCACAGACCAUAGCCCUGCAGCAAGCCCAGACUCAGGCAGAACCCAUCAAGAUCCCAAAGAAAAGAGGGCCAAAGCCUGGUAGCAAGAGAAAACCCCGCGUGGUACCUAAUCCAGUCCCCACGUCUCCUACCAGCAGCACCCCAGAGCCUGACACCAGCACCGUGCCUAUGGACAAUGCCACCAUCCCCAACUCUGCACUACAGGCUCCCACAGUUUGUGUGUACCUAAACAAGUACAGCAAGGUGGGACCCCAUCUGGACCAGCGGCGAGUCCAGCAGCUCCCGGACCACUUUGGGCCUGGCCGGGCCUCCUCGGUACUUCAGCAGUGUGUUCAGGCUUGUGUUGACUCCGCCCAUAACCAGAGCACAGUCUUCUCCUGCCUCAAGUCUGGGCAAGGAGGCGAAGUCAUAUCAGCCUUCUUUAACCAGCAGCAGCACACCCUGACCCUGCCAACAGUCAGCAGUGUCACCUACGUCCUCCGCUUCCUGGAAAAACUCUGCCACAACCUUCACUGCGAUCCUCUGUUUGGCAGCCAGCCUGUAGCCAGAGGAGGCCUGCACUACGACAGUCACACAUACACUACAGAGAGAAGAGGUUUUGGAGACAGCCUAACAACGGGCUUAGGCCUCGGCACCAAGCGGUUUCUCCAGGAUUAUAACAGUGCACUUCCCCAUAAACUGUCCAAAAUCCCCCGGCACUCCACUGAUGGUGAGUCCCUCAUGGAGAACAGUGUUGCCACAUCAGAGCACUUAAAGAAGAGCCCUCUCUCUCCAAACACGACGGUACAAUCUCCCGGCCUGAGGUCUCCCUCCAAGCUGCUGCGUCACAACAACUCCACAGGCUCAGGCAGUUUCCGGGAGAGCCCGAGGCCAAGUGGUCAGGACCCCAACCUGUGGACAGUGGAGGAUGUCAUGCAGUAUAUCAGAGAUAUCGACCCAGUGCUGGCACCACAUUCUGACCUGUUCCGAAAACAUGAAAUUGACGGCAAAGCACUCCUGUUACUGCGUAGCGACAUGAUGAUGAAAUACAUGGGCUUAAAGCUCGGUCCCGCCCUCAAACUUAUCUUCCACAUCGAUAAGCUCAAACGGGCCUGAGCAGGUCAGCCGACCAGCAGCAGCCUUCCAAAGGACUGAACUCUGACCCCAUCUUCCUUUUCUACGAUCAGUAUAUCACGCACUACGUAUUGGACAUGUACUGACCAUUUACAUGUAGCAAUUUGCAUCAGACCACCAUAUCUGGUAUUACAUACCGUUGUCCUGACCUCAUCCAAUGAGGAAUGUUUAUUUUGUGUAGCACAAUCCAGCCCUAAGGCAGCAUGGGAUAUGUAGGAUCACCCUUCUGUCCAUAAUCUGUUUUUGCAUUUCAGUAUAACUUGAAGAGUCCUACGUGGCUAUUUUAACUGUAAAAGGCUUUUUUGGCCUGCUUUUAUUAUGUUACAUUUAAUCUGUACAUUUCAUAUUUUGUACUUCCUGGAUUUAUGGACUAGUAUUUUGACCUUUUUCAAUGGUUUGUGUGGGAUAUGCUUAACAAACCUUAAAGCAAGCGAAGAAAAGACUACAUUCAUCCCAAUACUUGGGAUGCUUCUGUUUAAAGUCUCAUUUUGAGGCAUGGUUUUGCAUCUACAAUAAUAUUAAUUAUGGGGAGGAAAAAUAUGUUUUAUGUGGGGAUGCACCGAUACUAAUAUCGGUCCGAUACUGGCUCAAAUAGCUGGAUCAGGUAUCGGUGAAAAUAUGCUGAGCUAUUAUUGGAUACCAUUAUUUUAAUAAAUAACAAUUCUGUACAUUUAUGUCUUCUGUAUUUAUUUGUUAUUAUUUUGUUUUACAAAGUUUGAAAAGAAAUGUUCCAGCCUGAUGUUGCCUUAUCAAAACAGUAACGUUCCCAGUCACUUCCACACAUUGAGGCAACAGCUUAUAAAUAAAAAUCUGGCAUCGGAUUGGUACUUGGUAUCUGCAGAGGCUAUUGGUAUCGGGACUGAAAAAGUUGGAUCGAUGCAUCCCUGGUUUUAUGAAAGAAAAAGAAAACACUUUAUUCUGAAAAUACUGCCAUGAGGAAAUCUGUUUCCUUAAUCUUAUUCUGGAUGUUGUUUACAUUGCUUUGUCUUGUCUUUGUUAUUUGUACUUUUUUAAUUUUUAUACUAUAUUAUUAGAGUUCCUACAAGGAGA